CCCGGCAGUGGCCGCCCGACUCCGCGCCAGUGUACUGUGGAGAUGCGCGCGCGUCGCAUCGCCCGCACCUAACUAACCCAAGUGCCGAGUGCGCGCGUGCCGAGCUUGUAAUUGUUCUUUUUUAAAUUCUUUGCUCGUUUGUUUUCGAUAAAAAAAAAAUAAAAAAAAAUAAAAUAAAAUUCACGUCACACGCGUACCAAACGAAACGAGAAAACGGGGCGAGAGGGAGGGGAAAAAAAAAAGUUUGCCUCCUGCUGCCCCUCCCGCUGGAAGCUCGGGGGUGUGUAUGCUGUACACAUACAUCUCCGGCCGACCAACCCUCUUCGGCUGUGCAUGUAGUGCGACUCUACUCUACUAUACCGCGUACAUCAUUACGCGAGUGAUGUUUAGUGCUCAAAUUGUUGUUGCCAGUGUGUGAUUGUUGUUGUUUGUUUGUUUGUGACGCCGACAAAGAAAAAAAAAAAAAAGUGAUCAGCUACCGUGCGGAGGCUGGCCUCCCUUUCCUCGAGCUGCCGGAGAGGAAGUGCGCGCGAGAGGAUCACACACACGAUGUGAUGCCGAGCUGAGCCGAGAGUAGGGUAGGUCCGCCGCGCGAUGGAGGCGGUACCUAAGCAAGCCGUGGCGCCGAGCCCGGGCGUCCAGCUGCAGCAGUGCCAACAGCAGGAGGACGUGCAGUCGGACGGUGGCGGCCCCAUCGAGGACGGCAUCAUUCUCGCUAGGGUCCACGUACCCGAGCUCUGCGUCAGCAAGUGUCUCCAGUUCCCCAAGGAUCAGCUCGUCUGGGACGUCAAGCAGCAAUGCCUCGCAUCUCUACCCAAGGUGGCCACUUGGUACAGGGAGUUGAAGGAGAGUUUCAAUUACGGGCUCUUCUAUCCACCGGUGAACGGCAAGGCUGGAAAAUUCUUGGACGAGGAGCGCCGGCUCGGGGAUUACCCCUUCAACGGACGCGUCGGCUACCUCGAGCUCAAGUACAAAAGGCGGGUCUACAAGAUGCUGCACUUGGACGAGAAGCAGCUGAAGGCGUUGCACACGAGGACGAAUCUGCGGAGGCUGCUCGACUACGUGGCCAACAGCCAGGUCGAGAAGAUCGCCAAGAUGUGCGGCAAGGGCCUCGACCCGAACUUCCAUUGCCAGGACACCGGAGAGACACCGUUGACGUUGGCCACGACGCUCAAGAAGCCCUCGAAGGUGAUAAUAGCGCUGGUGAACGGGGGCGCCCUGCUGGACUACAGGACGAAGGAGGGCCUGACGGCGAUGCACCGGGCGGUCGAGCGGAACAACCUCGAGGCCGCGAAGACCCUCCUGGAGCUCGGGGCCAGUCCAAACUACAAGGACACCAAGGGCCUGACGCCACUCUACUACAGCGUCAUAUACAAGACAGACCCGAUGCUCUGCGAGAGUCUCCUGCACGACCACGCGACCAUCGGCGCCCAGGAUCUACAGGGCUGGCAGGAGGUCCAUCAGGCCUGCCGCAACAAUCUGGUCCAGCACCUGGACCACCUGCUGUUCUACGGCGCUGACAUGAACGCCCGCAACGCGUCGGGCAACACGCCGCUCCACGUGUGCGCGGUCAACAACACCGACUCCUCGUGCAUACGGCAAUUGUUGUUCCGUGGCGCCCAAAAGGACGCCCUCAACUACGCCAACCAAACGCCUUACCAGGUCGCCGUGAUCGCUGGUAACAUGGAGCUCGCCGACGUCAUCAAGAACUACCAGCCCGACGAAGUCGUGCCGUUCAAGGGCCCGCCGCGCUACAAUCCAAAGCGACGCUCGGUGGCGUUCACCUGUGGCCUGUCGACCAGCUGCUCAGCCGGGAACCUCGGCACCCUCACCAGACAACCGUCCAGCGCCGAGUACCAGCAGCCAUUGACCCCGUCCUCGCCAAUCGGCAUGUCCACGUCUCUGGUGCUGACUUCGCCCACCACCUCGGCAGCCAAUACCCUCAAUCGCUCCCAGCACGAGCACUACUCGAACCCGAGCAGGGUCGUAUCCUCGGCUGACGCUUACUUGGCCGCGGGUAGCCUCGGCAGGGCCCCGAGCGCCGAUAACCACCACCACUCGACCAUGCCCCGGGCAGAGUCCCACCACGGAUGCCUGAACAGAGUACCGUCCAUUGAACAGCAGCAGACCAGUGCCGGUUCUGCCACUGUUGAUCCCUCCGUGCCUGCGUCGGCGAGCGCCAAUACCAAUACCAUCCAGAGAAAUCCGUCCGAGCGACAGCUAACGCAGCAAAGAUCGGAAUAUCAGAGCCCUGCCCAGCUCAGGGAGCUCGCUGCGAGAUUACCGACAAGCGGCGAGCACUAUCAGAACGUGCGAGUCGAGGGCUUGACGAGGCUGCAGGAGCACCGGAUCGAGCUCCAGCACCGACUCGACAUACACCAGCACUCCGGCACUGGUGGCCUAAGGCCGAUCGACAUGCCACCCUCGCCCUCGCCGAGUAGCCGCAGUCUGGCGCCUUUCAGCUCCGCGAGCUCUAGUCUUUCCGAGGGCAGCAACCAGCCGUCCGGCGAGGACUCGGCCAGCAUUGUCACAGACAAGAGCCUCGGCGACACGGCCUCGGACGUCAUAAGCGACAGCUCGGGCGUCGGCACCUCGCAAUCGGACACGACCAACAAUUCGCUCUCGAUACCCGGGACCACAGUCGUGUGCGUCGAGGGCUACAGCAGCGGCAUACCCGGACACCUCAACAUCAACCAGGGCGACAUUCUCGAAGUGACGGGAGCAACGGACUGCGGACUGUUGGAGGGUGUGCUGCGGGGCCAGGGCACCGGACUGUUCCCGGCCCAUUGCGUCCAGGAGGUCAGGCUGCGUCACACCAACAUACCGCUGGGGCAGCAGGCGGUGGCGCGGGAGGCCGCGGCCGUUGCCAACAGGAGCCGCGUGCUGGGUCGCCGGGAGUCGCAGCACAAGUACUUUGCCACUGCUCCUAGAUUAAAAAAACCGAUAACGUCGGAGCCGCGCACGGUCGUGCUGCACCGGUCGCGCAAGGGCUUCGGCUUCGUGUUGCGCGGGGCAAAGUGCACCACCAACCUGACGGAGAUGACCCUGUCGGCGCGCUACCCGGCCCUCCAGUACCUCGACGACGUGGACGAGGGCGGGGUCGCAGAUCUGGCCGGGCUGCGAAAGGGCGACUUUCUCAUCCAGAUCAACGGCGAGGACGUCACCACUGCCCUCCACGAGCACGUGGUCGAUCUUAUCCGCAAGAGCGGCGAACUCGUGAGGAUGACGGUCGUCUCGCCGCUCCUUGGUUUGCCGAAUUCCCAGUCGGCCGCCGUUUUGCCGACUAGUCAGCCCGCCCAGAGGCAGUACGCGACCCUGCCGCGCAAGGCCAGCAACAGCGUCGCCAUCGGGGGCACUUUGGGCAGGUCGCCCGCCCCGAUGCCGCCCCGACGCGACCCCAAGACAACGUUGAGCGUAGGCAGGGCCAGGGCAAGAUCCAUGGUUGCCGGUCUAGGCGGUGGCGGUGACAAGGAUGAGCGAGACGAGAUGACGAUGGGCAAGUCAAACAGCUCCGAGUCGCUGAAUCUGAGCCAACAGGGCAACGCCAACCAGCCCAGGACGGCGAGCAUACGGUCGAGACCGACCUCGAGCCGCAUCACCGCCGCCGAGCUCGAGGAGCUAUUUCAGCGACAACAGGGCGCGGGUAGCAUGAGCGCCGUCGCCCCGGCCUCUCGUUACGGCUCGAUGAUGCACGUGAACGCGAUCGGCUGCGCCACCCCGAGUCCCAAGCCGCAUCCAAAGUCGUCGGCAAAGUCGGGCAGGGUCUACGCCAGCGUGGCCGAGAUGAAGCGCAAGGGCAAAUCGUCGCGGGUGCGCUUCUUCGGAGGCUUGGGCGGUGGCUCGGACCUGCACCGGGACUUCCACAGCACCCCCGACCUAAACGUCCAAGCGGCCCAAGCGACGCACCAGGGCCUGGCCUCCAAGGGCCACCGCAGCCAAGAGGACGUCAACGCCAUGAGGAACGGCCUUCCGCCCCCUAACCACCCACCACCACCACCGCCCGUUGGCCAAGUUGUCAAGGUCAACGUCAACGCCCCCGUGACGGACGCCCCGACCCCAGCCUCCGUCUACGACAACAUGGCCCACAUACAGCAAGUCAAAGAACUGGCCGCGGCGACGGCGGAGAACAUCUACGGGGUGAUGUCGAGCUUCCGGCCGUCCAACAGCGCCAAGCUGUACGCCUCGCCCGAGGACAUGAAGAGCGUGGGUUACCGCUCGCUCAGUCUGCCGGGGCACUCUGGGCGGGUCCAGCUCCGCAAGUCGCACAGUCUUCGCACGCCCAACGGGGGCCCACCCGGCGUCACCUUCAAGUCGGGCCCACCCGGGCAACAGUUGGCCUCGUGCAACGGCGUCCAAGCCGGGGGCCAACAGCAAGCCACCGGGAACCAGCCCCUCGCCAACGGUAACCAGUACGCCCAGCCGCUCAAAAGCGGCAGGAGCCACAGCGUCGUCGGCAUCAUGAGGGACAGGAAGAAGAAGAAGGGCACCAGCGUGGCCAGCAGCUCCUCCGCCUCAAACUUGUCCAGCAUAGCUGGCGCCGGUAACAACCCUAGUUGCGGUGGGUCGGCGCCGCCGAUACCCGAGCCGGACUACAGCCUGAGCGAGUCGGAGAACGACGAGGAGCUGACGGACGAGGGGGAGGAGCUGGAGAUCGCCCAGGAGCUGGAGAAGGCGGCGGCGCGCGAGAAGUUGGAGUCGACGCGGGAAACGUCGGGCAACUCGAACGCCUCGGCCGGUAGCAGCGGGAGCAGUUCGUCGUCGGGCUCGCUGCCCCACUCGUUCAGCGUCGAGGAGAUCCAGAACGUCAGGAAGCAGCUCAAGACGCAGCAGUCGAUGGUGGAGGACGGCGACAACAGUUCCAGCGGAGUGAGCUCCGACCAGGAUGUGCCGGUUGGCCCGCCCUCGGGCUUCGACGACACGCAAGCUCGCAACAACGAGGCCAACCACCACCAGCACGUGCACCACCAUCACCACCACCACCAUCAAGCUCACGUGGACGGCCACGAGAAGAACACGACGGUGGUAGUGGUGGGCGGGGGUCUGAGCUGCGCCCAGAAGAGGGCGAGUUACGGGGGUAGUGGUGCGCUGACGAGGCACGCGGUGAGCCUGGCCCAGUUGCCCCCGCCGUUGGAGGCCGACGCCGAGGAGCAGAGCGGCGAGCUGUUUGUACCUCCUCCGCCGGAAUUCAAUGCUGACGGUACUCCGGUGGUCACCGCUGGCGACGAGCUCGUCUUCGCCCCGCCCCCCCAAUUCUCCGACAACGGCAAACCGCAGAUGCCGCAUCAGCAGCAGCGGGUCAAGAUCAUCGGGGCCAUUCCCAAGUCGGCUGGCAAUCAGGUGAAAGCGGCGACCGGCAGACUGAUCAACCAGUAAGGCCCCACCCUUCCAUGGAUGGAUGUUGAUUUGGUCCUUUGCGAGGCGAUUGCUCUUACUUUUAGGGUACUUUUAAUCUCGCGAUCUUCAGCUGCGCCAAUGAUGGACACCUCAAACGCUGAUUGUUAGGGUAAUAAUUUAUAUCCGAGAUAUUACGGAUAUGCAAAAGAAAGAGGCUAAGACUGUUAAUCAAAAUGAAAUGAUUAUAAUAUCUGCACAAGUUUCGUACGUUUUGUACGCCAUUGUUCUUUUCUUUUUCUUAUUUUGUUUCUAUUUUUUUUUUUUUGUUUUUUUUUUUUUUCACGUGGAAAAUACAUGAUACGUAUAGGAAAAUGUAGAUUAUAAAUAGUGUAAAGUACUUUCGUUGUAAUGGUUGGUUGUUGAAACUAACGGUUUGGUUGAGUUGCAUAAAGUAUAUAUA